AUGUGUGCGUGUGCGUGUGCGUGUUGUGCUUCAGAACAUGAGCCAGAUUUUUCGAGCCCAGCCCCAGGGCCAGGCCGGCUUUCGAUCCGAGUCGUUUCUGGACGGCCCCCGCAGGCCGAAAGCAGCAAUCGGCAGGCUGCGUGUGCGAUUUCCGUGCCCGGCGUCCUGCCAGGCUACCUCCCUUCCAUGGUGAAGUCGUACGUGACCAAGAGUGGGCUCGCGACCGCUGUUGGCUGGGUCAAGCUCGAGAGCGAGAGGCGCGCGCCCGAGACCGCAGACGGCCCCGCCGCGCCCGCCCCCACGCCAGCGGCGGGCGGCUCUUCGCCCGCGCGCGCGGCGGCGGCGGCGCUGGCGCUGCUGUGCGCUCUGGCCGCGCUCGGUCGGCUGCGCCGAGGGCGGCGGGCCGCGUGA